UUAACGUCGAUAUAAGUGCUUCAAAACCUCAUCGACUGAAAACAAAACAAAAACAAGUACUACAUAAAUUGACUGUAAUUAAUUCGUAAUCUGUGGUAAAUAAAAAAAUAAUUGUGAUCCAAAAAUGAUACUGCCCAGACUGUCAAGUGCGUGAAAAUGAUAUAUGCGGUAGAAGGGAUACAAGUUUCAAAAUUAAAAGUUCAAAAAUGGACCUUACGACGAGACGUGGUGAAGAUGGGACCGGGGAGGUUGUGAACGGAACGGAACAGUGUCGUGAACUGAAUGGUACGGGAAGUGAUGUUACCGGGGUGGUUGAGGUUUCGCGGAAGACAACUUCGUUUAGUAUAAGGAACCUCGUCGGCGCUGAGGACUGCGAUAGGCCUGCCGACGGAAAUGGAAAUCCGAGCGAGGAUUACUACCAUCAAGACACAUACCAAAAGUACACCAGCAUGGGAUUAUCGGAACCACCUAAGGAUGAUUCGCCGAGAACAACGCCUGAGCUCUCCAGAGCUGACCAGUCACCGGCUUCGGAGAGGCCCCAUCUAGGGUCUGCAGACAGCGAUGAUGCAGACGACUUCGCUCCAAAAAGGAAACAAAGGCGAUAUAGGACCACAUUCACAAGCUUCCAGUUAGAAGAGUUAGAAAAAGCGUUUUCCAGAACGCACUACCCUGACGUAUUUACUAGAGAGGAGCUCGCAAUGAAGAUCGGUCUAACAGAAGCCAGAAUACAGGUGUGGUUUCAAAACCGUCGCGCAAAAUGGCGUAAGCAGGAGAAGGUGGGACCACAGGCGCACCCCUACAACCCCUAUUUGGGAGGGGCGGGCGCUCCCCCUGCGUCCGUCGUCGCAUCUAUGCCAAACCCCUUCUCACAACUCGGCUUUGGUUUCAGGAAGCCAUUCGACACUAAUGCUCUGGCUUCGUUCAGAUACGGAAAUUCUCCGUUGCUGAGCACCCAAUACCUCGGAGCUCCACUCUCCAGACCGCCUCUAUUCACAGCACCGAUAUACUCCUCGACACCUCCUUUCCAUUCCCUCCUAGCUGGUCUCGCCGCACCCCCACGUCAGUCCCCUGACCCCCCUUCGGUCUCCCCUCCAAUAUCUCCUGGGAGUGAAUCCCCUCCAAGCCAGCCAGGGCCAGAGGUAGAACGACGAAGUUCAAGUAUCGCAGCAUUAAGACUAGCCGCAAGAGAACAUGAAAUACGGUUGGAAAUGUUAAGACAACGGCACCAUACCGACCUUAUUAGUUGAGCUUAGACAAUGGUGAUAGCUUGGUCAAUGGUUUUUAUACAAAUUAGUAAAGUUUGUACGAGUAUGUUUACAAAGAACAGCGUUUUAGUUUGUUUUCUGUUAUGCUAAAUUCACGUCUAGCUUAAAUAUAAACGGAGGCAAAAAAUUUUGAACGGAAUUCAAAUUUUAGGGAGUUUGUUUAAAUAGGUAUAUUCGGACAAUCUUAGAUAUACAUUUUAGACAUUAAAUUUAGCAUAAUUCAAAACUCGCUUUAGUAGAUAAAUUGUUACUGGCUGUGAUAAAAACAUCGAUCGAAAAAAUAAAAUUAAAUAUAUUCAAGCGUGGAAAUCGGAAUACAAAAAGAUUACCAUUUGAGACAAUGAACUGUAUUAUCCUAGAUGUAUUUAUUAAUUACUA